AUGAUGCUUCGCUCGUGUCGCUGCGGCGUCGCCCUGAGUGGCCGUGACGGCGCCCUUCAGAGGCCGUCAUCCCUCGCCAGGUGCUUGGUGCGCCACUCCAACUCCCAAGCCCGCGAUGAGCCUGGCCAACGGCCGCAGGCCAGGCGGGAAGAGCUCAUGCAGCUCUGGAACAAGUACCGCGACGCCCCUCUACCGCCCAAGACCGAGUCCGAGGACGUCUUCGUAGGCUUCCUCGGCAAGCAACGCAACGUCGGCAAGCUCCUCUCCUUUUCCGACCUCUUCACCCCCUCUGGCGAGGUCAUCCAAAUAUGCUCAAAGGCCGUCGACGACAACCUCGUCCACCAAAAGUUCCGCCAGACCCUCGCCUUGUCGCCUGUCCGCGUCCGCGCCGUCAAAGACCCUGUUCCGGCCGAUGAUGCGCAAUCCCCGGGCACCACCAAGCGAACCGUCACGCUACGCGACAUCAGGCCUCUCAACAGCAUUUCCAAGGAUCUCAUUGUCACCCCCGGUGUUCACUUUCCGCCCUCAAAGCGCCAUCUUCAGAUACGCUUCCACCCGGAGCUGCAGGCUCGCUUGAGGUUCAGGUCGUGGCUCAAAGGCGUGCUGAGCCAGAGCUUGCUGGAACGAGGAUUCAUCGACAUCGAGACUCCCACCCUGUUCAAGUCCACUUCCGAAGGUGCUCGAGAGUUCCUAGUUCCCACCCGGAACAAGGGCACUGCCUAUGCCUUGAGCCAGAGCCCGCAGCAGUACAAGCAGAUUCUCAUGGCCAGUGGCCUCGGCCGCUACAUGCAAUGGGCUCGCUGUUUUCGCGACGAAGACCUGCGAGCUGACAGGCAGCCUGAGUUUUCUCAGCUCGAUAUGGAAUGGGCCUAUGCGACAUCAGUCGAUGUCAUCAGGGACGUUAGCAAUCUCAUCCUCAAAGCCCUCUCCGCUCUUCGCCCGGCCCAAAGCUACAAAUCCGUCCACGGACUGAGGAUACCGUUCAUAGCCGACAUUCACAGCGAUUCCGCGCCCACGGCUACGACAGAUGCCCAUACUUUCACCACAAUCACUUAUGCCGACAGCAUGGCCGCCUACGGCACCGACAAGCCCGACUUGAGAAUACCAAAUCGGAUCCAUGCCAUUCAAGAAGUGGAGCCAAUCAGCCACUUUCUGAGGAUGAUCGCAAACCUCCCUGACCCGCUUGUCGAGUUCUGCACGCUUCCCCUGAAAGGCUGCUCGCCCAAAGAGGCUCACAAAUUCGUAACUGCCUUUAUGGAUGCCCUGCCGUCCCCUAUCCGCGACAAUCCCGACGGCAUGCCACAGAUACUCGUAUGCGACUCGAGCAAGCCUGGUCGGGGCUUCUCCUCGCUUGGCCCCGAGUACGAGAGCGUCCUGGCUCUGGCAAAGGACGAGGGGGAGAUUAAAGACGGGGACCUCGUGGUCUUUCAAGUCCGCCAGAAACCCACUGGCCAGCACCACUCGGGCUCCACGAAGCUUGGCGAUCUACGGGCCAUGCUAUGGAGAGCGCUCAUCGAGCAGGGGUACAUGGAGAAGCCGCGUCUCGGAGACGCGGGCUCGCUCCAGUUUGCGUGGGUGACCGAGUUCCCCAUGUUCAAGCCCGUCGACGACGGUGAGCCGGGCCAGGGCGGAGCGGCGGGCAUCGCUGCCUGCCACCACCCGUUUACCGCUCCACUGUCUGACAAGGACUUUGAGCUCCUCUUCACCAAACCACUCGAGGCCAGGAGCGCCGCCUACGACCUGGUGCUCAAUGGCGUGGAAGUCGGUGGCGGCAGCGAGCGUAACCACGUGGCCGAGGUGCAAGACUUCAUCAUGCGCGACGUCCUGAAGAUGCCGCCGCAGAGGAUCGCCGACUUUUCGCACCUCUUUGAGGCGCUCCAGGCCGGCUGUCCGCCGCACGCCGGCUUCGCACUGGGGUUCGACCGGCUGGUGGCGCUCAUGACGGACACGGCGUCGGUGCGGGACGUCAUUGCUUUCCCCAAGACGAUGAAGGGCGAGGAUGCCUUUAUGCGGUCGCCAAGCAACAUCACCAACGAGCAGCUGGCGCCCUAUGGCCUCGAGCUCCGUUCAAGGGGCUAG